ACGUGACCUGACGUAUUUCGCGGAUGCAAGACGCCAUUUUUAAUGGGCAGUGUGCUAUGUUGUUUACGUCUCGGCGAUUUGGGGCGAGGAGGGUGAUGAGUGGUGAUUCGUGAUAUUUUGGUGAAGGCCAGUGAUGGAGAGCUCCAAAGAAACUAAAAUCAUCUACCACAUAGACGAUGAGGAAACGCCUUAUCUGGUGAAGAUCAAUAAGCCACCAGAUGCAGUGACCCUAGGUGACUUUAAAAAUGUAUUAAAUAGGCCGAAUUUUAAGUUCUUUUUCAAGUCUAUGGAUGAUGACUUUGGGAUCGUUAAGGAGGAGAUAAUUGAUGAUGAAGCGCACCUGCCAUGUAUCAACGGACGCGUCGUAUCGUGGCUGGUGUCGGCAGACGGCAGCACCAUCGACGGCUCCCAGUGCGGUGACCCGGUGGGCGCCAUGUCAGAGCUGGCCAGGCCCCCGGGAGACGCCACAGAGACAGAGUCGACCGUCAGCGGCGUCAGAGGGCACGGACACCGGCUGGGCCCGUCACUACGGCCGCCCCCGGCCGCCGGUCGGUAUCACGCAGCCGGUGAGAAGCUGAACGGGCACGCGCGGCACCGGGCGCGUCUGUACGACAACAGCUCCAUGCUCAGCUCGGACCUGGAGUCAACCAGCUUCUUCGACUCGGAGGACGACGGCUCGAGUCGCAUCACAUCCACCACAGGGAGCACCUCGGUGUCUCGCGUGCACCGGCGGCACCGGCGAAGGAAGCCGCGGCCGCAGCGCGGCCAGCCGGGCAUGUCGCGCACCUCCUCCUUCAGCUCCAUCACCGACUCGACGAUGACGCUCAACAUCAUCACGGUGACGCUGAACAUGGACACGGUCAACUUCCUCGGCAUCAGCAUCGUCGGACAGAGCAACAAGGGCGGCGACGGCGGCAUCUAUGUCGGCAGCAUCAUGAAGGGGUGAGACGGGACGAGGGUGGUGGGUAGGUGCCAGGCAUGGGUGGAGAAUGUUUGAAAAAGUUACCCCGGCCGGCGACCGAAAGUCAGAAAGACGAUGAUGCACAAAUAUUUGUCAACGGUUAUCACAAACCCCUAUUCUGUGGCAUGGAACAAUGGAUGUCUGCCGUUACGAGUUAUCCAAUGUUUUAUUUGCAGUGAUUUAGCUCGAAUUUUUGAAUGGACCGAUUGACAGAGCCGGGGGCCCACGCUAAGCAGAGCUUGUUGCGUAGUUAGACCCCGAACCCUACCGUCCGAUCGCGCAAUUCCGGGUAACGGGAUAAUUUAGAUGCCAAAGUUUAAUGUGCCCUUCAAAGCCGGACACGGCCUGUCCCACUCAACUGACUUCAACUGGCUGCGGCUGCUCCCACCAACCGCAGACCAUCACCGUCAGGAGUCUCAAAUAUCGAGCGCCGGAGCGACUCGAACCCGGGCUCUCGGGAGUCCGUUGCCUCUACCAACUGAGCUACGGGACAGGCUCAUGUUAUGAACUUUGAGAAAAGUCGUUGGAGAACGCUAAAAUCAGAGAAAUUUGGCUUUUAUUAUCUAUGGUGAUUUUAUGAUUGAGCUUGCCUAAAACUUGACCAGAUUUCUCUGAUCACGUUUGUCCCUCUUUCAAACGUCGUUCCGCUUUUCGCCUCGUAGCCCAGCAGCCGAGUUAGAAGGAGCGUGAAACGCCGACCGCUCGACUCAACGUGUUACGAUAGGGUCACCACCCUGGCGCGGGUUAACCCGCGCGGGGCUGGGGGGUAAAUUUUACCCCCCCCUCGCGAAUUUUCGCAAUAUCUCAAAAACAGCGGCGCGCAGCGCCGCCAAACUUUCAGUACCUUUUCUUACAUCAAUUUGACACCUUCCCUGAAAAUUUGAGCGAAAUCUGUCGGAAAAUUUUUGAGAAAUUGACGUUUUAGUGACGUCAUGUUCGCCAUUUUCGCCUCAAAAACGGCAAAAGUUCAAACGCCGCUAACAUCUUCAUUUUUAAAGGAAUCAAGACGUAACAAAAAAGGAUAUACGUAAUUCUACUUUGUCUAUCAAAUGGCUAUCUCGGUUUUUUGAAAAUUUUGGAUUUUGAUCAAAAUUUUUCCAAAAAAUUGACUUUUUUGGGAAAAUAAUUAUAAAAUCCAAAAUUUUGAGUGUAUCGAAAAAACCGGAAUGUAUGUCAGAGAAGUGGUCUAUGUGCACCUACAUACCAAUUUUUAGAAGAAUCGGUUCAAAAAUGUGGGAGUUAUUCAACAUUUUAUGACGUCACGACACACAAAUUUUUUGAAAAAUUACUUUUUUGGAAGUUCUAGACCUCGUACGGAAACAAAAAUAGCACCAUUCGAUUCGCCGUGAAAAACUGCAUCAGAUAGACACCUUUUUAGGCCUUAACAACCAACUUCAAAAUUUGACCUCACUUGACCUGACCUUGACCUGACCUUGACCUGAAAUUCAUCCAGAGGUGGUCCAUAUCACUUAUUGAGUGUGCCUAUUGAAUUCUAUGAUUAAAAUGACCCAUAAAACAUGUGUCGCACAUGCCCUUUUCUAUAUUUUGUUUUUGGUGACCUGACCUGACCUGACCUGACCUUGACCUCUGAAUGAUAUUGAAUGCAACGAUUAUUGUCUUGGUAGCCUAAGAACACGUUUUGGGCGAUCAGUCUCAGUCCAUGACUCCAUUCUUCGGCAACUACGGUGCAAGGCCGAUACUGUAGGAACUUGCAAUUUGUACCCUUGACUUGACCUUGACCUCAAACUUAAAAUUAAGUACAUGUUUCUAGUUGUUCGUGAUGAGAUCUUUCGAUUGGCGUUUGAAUUUUCCAAAUCGGACCAUUAGUUCGGGAGAUAACAGGGGGGGGGGUAAAAUUUACCCCCCCCCAGCCCCGCGCGCUCGACUGGAGACCCCAGCCCCGCGCGGGUUAAGUUGGAGGAGCCUUGAGCCCCAGCCCCCAACAGCUCGUCCUUCUAUCUCACUGAUAUUACCCUCGUCCUCUCUUGUGAUGACAUUGCAGUGCCAUCUUACGAUAACGGCCCUUAAAUAUGAUUUAGGUUUGUUAGAUGAAACUUGUCGGGCUGCGCGAUGAAAAAAAUUGAGAGCAUAGAAGCUCCAAAAUGAAAAUAAAGUAAAUUUUUAAAAACCUUUCAAGGUAGAUAAGAAUAAUGAGAGACACUUUUAUAGGUGGCAGUUUUUCGCAUGGAGAUAGCUUUUAGGAUUCACAAAAGUGGACAAAGUUACCCCGGCCGCGCCGGGGUAGGCUGAAAGUUACCCCGGCCACGGCCGGGGUGGCCGGGGCAGGUUCUCCACCCAUGGUGCCAGGUGGGUGGGUGUUUUGGAGUACUGGGGCUUGAUGGUGGGUUUCAAAAAGGACUGCUUUGGACGUGGGAGAGAAGCGUGCGAUGCUGCUAGCGUGUGUAGAUUAUUGAAUAAGUUAAAAUUGUUUGAUUGAUUGAUCAAUUCAUUCUUUCUUUCAUUCAUUCAUUCAUUCAUUCAUUCAUUCAUUCAUUCAUUCAUUCAUUCAUUCAUUCAUUCAUCCUUUCAUCCAUUCAUUCAUUGAAUGACCAUUCAGGCAUGACAAUAAUUGUAUCGAUCGUUUUCCUGGCACUUAUUGACGCUGCAUAGGUUUAUAGCAGUGGUCGGCAGGUCAUUCGGGGCCGUGCCCCCUUUUUGGGCGCCAGGCAGGGCCAUUACCCCCACCUACCAGACCCCAUUGCUGACACAACCAAGUUUACUGAAAUUCCAUACCGUCCUGGAACUCUUUGGGUAUUUGUGCAUUUCCAAUGCAUCAAAUACAACGAAAGGUGUAGGCCCGGGCAGCGCUUGUCGAACAGCACUGCGGAUCCGAAGGUUGGGACUUUAAUUGUGAAAAACCGCCCGCCCGCCGCAAAACGCAAAACCGCAAAAAACACGCCCAAAACGCCAACGCAAACUUCUAAAAAAAAAAACAAUCGCCCGCCCGCCGAAAACCGCAGAAAAAACGCAAAAAACGCCGCAAAAACGCCCGUCCGCCGCAAAACGCAAGCACCGCAAAAAACGCAAACACCGCCGCCACAAAAAACGCCCGCAUCGCCCGCCGCCAACGGCGAAGCGCCGCAAAAAAACGGCCGUCUGCCGCAAACCGCAACACCGCAAUUAACGCCCGGCCGCCGGCAACCGCAAAACGCCGCAAAAAACGGCCGCCCGCCGCAAACCACAAAAAACGCCGCAAAAACGGCCGCCCGCCGCAAACCGCCGCUAAAACAGCCGCCCGCCGCCAAACGCAAGCACCGCAAAAACACCCGCAUCGUCCGCCCGCCCGCCGCCAAACACAAAAACCGCAAA